AUGAAAUCGCUAGUUUUGCUAGCAGUUAUUUUAUAUAUUUCUGUGUACGAUGAGACCGCCGAAGCCGUGAGAGAGUGCUUUCACGGUGAGGAUGAAAGCAGAGACCCGGACAGAUGCAGAAACAAUCAUGCUCAUGGAUGUAUCAAGUUCGUCUACAACACAGGACAUGUGACUCGGUGAGUAGGAAGACAAGCGUUGAAUACAAGACAAAUCCCGAAAAAUCCGACUUUUUUUGAUGAUUUUCAACCGAAAAAAUCCGAAAUCUCUCAACCAUUUUCAACACUGCAGUGCACUGGUUUUCGGGGUAGAAAUGCACCUACUUCAAAAGGUCGUAGCGACCUCAGUUUACACUUUGAAAUCUUGUGAUUUCAUGCACAAAAAUUAAUGUCGCUUAAAAAUAAAUAUUCAAAAAGCGAAGUCUCUGCGCCGCUCCCACCAUAACUUAUAGCCACCGAAUAUCUUGAAAGGCCCUGUACAUACAGUGGCGGGCCUGGUCCAGUGGCAAGAAAGGUAUCAUUUUGCAACCGGGAAGGAUCAAAAAUGUGGCAAAAUGCUUCCCUUUCAAAGUGGAAAAUCUCUGAUUUCAAUUCGUCUCUUUUUGUGCGGGAAACUUUAAAACGGAGUUUUUUAGUUGGAGAGGGAGACAUUUUGCUAAAAUUUGGAUACCUCCCGGAUGCAAAAUGGUACGUUUUUUGCCAUUAGAUAACUGUAUGCUUACGCAUAGUUUGCACAAUUGAACUGAUUUUAGAUCUUGCGCUCGAUACGAUGAGUGUCGUCGAGAUGAAGUCCGAGAGCUCCGGCAUGGCACAGCCCAUUGCUGCUACGAUGACUUGUGCAACUCGGCGCCGAAACUGAUCGCCUCGACAGUCCCAUUACUCGCUUUGGCAAGAAUUUUCCUCUGA